UGUUGCUCUCAAUGGUUUGGAUAUGGUGUAGCUCCUCUAGGCGGGUGACUUUUCCACCAUGUUGCUUUCACCUACCCAAACAUUUUAGAUCUGCACAACUUGGAGAUAAGAUUGUAGAGGUCGGUUUCGGAUUGGGCAGUAGUUUCACCAUAUACAGUCAUUGGCCCCCAUGGAUUUGCAGGAAAGUUUUUGCGCUUUUUCUGGCUCAGAAGUCGUGCCCCUCUACCCCGCUCUUCCCUCCAUCAAUCGUCCCCACCCCUCCCUCAUCCCUCUCUACAGUACGACUGAGCUCAGCCCCUUCGGCUGGAGGCUCGGGUUUAUCUGGAAUCAACGUCAAAGCCAUUCAGGAGCCGCGCGCUGUAAAGUGAAGGAGCGGUCUGUCACGAAACCUGGGGGAGAGCGAGCGAUAAGGACUGGGAACGGAGCUUGACUUUUUCCGCGUAAAUUCGGAUUUGAGGGGCAAGCGGGGAGCCAUGGCUAUGUUUUCAGCUCUCGGGCUGCUCUUGCUGUGCCAGCUUUUGACAUCAUCCACAGCCCAGAGACCCGGCCCACGAGGAGCCGUCGGGCCGCCAGGACCCCCGGGACCCGAUGGAAAGGAUGGCACUGAUGGCAAAGAUGGCCCGGCUGGACUUUCAGGAAAAGCUGGACCCAAGGGGAAAGCAGGGGGAGCAGGAGGACCAGGGAACCCAGGCCUGCCUGGCCUCCCUGGGGUGGACGGAUUGACAGGUGCUGAUGGGCCUGCUGGGAAAGACGGUCCUCCGGGGGAGGUGGGCGACGCUGGACCUUCUGGGCCAGGUGGACCUCCUGGCAGAGGGAGACCAGGAGCUCCAGGGGCACCUGGAGCCAAUGGGCUUGAGGGCGGAAUCGGGCCACAGGGACCAGCGGGCCCUGAGGGUCUUCCAGGAUUAUCCGGGCCUCCUGGCCCUGAUGGACCACCAGGUCUUCCUGGGGCUCUCCCUGAUGGCAGUGGAGAUCUGUUGUGUCCUGCCAUCUGUCCUCCUGGCCCCUCUGGCCCUCCAGGAAUGCCUGGAUUCAAGGGUCACACAGGGCACAAAGGAGAUAAGGGAGAGCUCGGGAAAGAUGGAGAGAAGGGUAUUGCUGGCCCACCUGGUCCUCCAGGGAUUCCCGGCACUGUCGGCCUGCAGGGUCCUCGUGGUUUGAGGGGACUUCAGGGCCCAAUGGGGGCAGUAGGAGACAGGGGUUUACCAGGUUUCCGAGGCAAACCUGGUACUGCUGGCAUCAUCGGCAAGACAGGUGAUGCUGGAGAGAAAGGACCAGAGGGAUUUAGAGGGCCAAAGGGAGAGAUUGGCAAAAUUGGUCCAAAGGGAGUUUCUGGCGGAGCAGGACCCAAAGGGGAGCCCGGCAUCCCAGGCAGAGACGGGAAAGAUGGCACCCAGGGACUGGACGGCGAGAAGGGAGACGCUGGACGGAAUGGGGUACCCGGUGAGAAAGGACCCAACGGCCUUCCUGGUUUACAAGGAAAGGCUGGCGCAAAGGGCGCCAAAGGAGGAGUUGGUGACCCAGGAGAGAUGGGAGAGGCAGGGCCAUCUGGAGAGCCAGGUAUUCCUGGCGACAUUGGUAUUCCAGGAGAGAGGGGCGAGGCGGGACCCAGAGGAGUGGCUGGGGGUGUCGGACCAGUGGGCAACAUCGGGGUUCAGGGCAGCAAAGGCUUCCAGGGAAUAAAGGGGGCUCUUGGUGACCCUGGCCUUCCCGGACCAACCGGGAUUCGCGGCGGAUUUGGUGAGAGGGGUCCAGUUGGAGCAUCUGGCCCUAAAGGAGACAUGGGCAUGGCAGGAGCUGAUGGUUUGCCCGGGGAGAAUGGAGAACCUGGUCCAUUUGGUCCAGUUGGCCAAAAAGGAGAGUCUGGGAAGCGUGGCGAGCUGGGACCUAAAGGUGUUGUGGGACCACAGGGAGAGCUCGGAGCCAGAGGGGUUCCUGGGAAACCAGGCCUAAUGGGCUUCCAGGGUGAACAGGGUCUGCCUGGAAUCGCUGGCAAGAUUGGUGUUCCCGGUAAACUGGCAAGUGAACAGCACAUUAGAGAAUUGUGUGGAUCUAUGAUUGAUGAUCAGAUUGCACAGCUGGCUGCCAACCUCAGAAGGCCCCUGUCCCCUGGCCAAGUGGGUCGCCCCGGUGCUGCCGGACUUCCAGGGAAAGUAGGAGAGACUGGGUCUAUCGGUCACCCCGGCUCCCGUGGACCUCCUGGCUACAGAGGACUGCCUGGAGACCUGGGAGACCCCGGUCCCAGAGGUGAUCUUGGUGAACAGGGUGACAAGGGACCCAUCGGAAAGGCCAUCGAAGGGCCCAUUGGAGACCAAGGAUACCAAGGUAUCCCAGGAGUGCUUGGAAUCGUCAAAGAUGGGCGUGACGGAUCCCCAGGAGAUCCAGGUGAGCCUGGAGAGGCAGGUAGGACAGGAAGGACUGGGCACUCGGGCUCCCCAGGAAUCUGUGACACUACCGCCUGCCAGGGGGCAAAUGUCCAUGGGAAAACCUCCAAUCCCAAGAACCAUUAAACAUUACUUCCCUCAUCCUGGAACUAGCCCCCCGGGAGGUGAUAAAGAGGAAGAGGAGGAGAGAAGACAAGUCAUUUUCCUCUUGAAUGUAUUUAAAACAAGACGGGAACAGUAACAACAGAUGUGAGAUUUAUUUUGAGAGGAAGAGGACAUCCCAAGAGGAAAAGAGCAGUUUGGGAAAACAGAGAAGAAACAAAGACAAAAAUCUAGAAUCCAUCCAUCUAUGAAGUGGACAACGCUGAUUAAACGUUUCACAAGAGCACUAGAGAACACAUGCAAUUGUGUCAAAUACCAUUGAAAGUAAAUGACAAUUUAACAAAAAAACUGAAAAAUAACUUUACUGGAAAAGUGCUUAUAGGCCAUUAUUUUCAAAAACAUUUGUGUAAAAAUAUGUACUUUAGUUGUUUCACCCCCUGUCUGGAAGAUAACUCGCCAACACUAAAACUGUGAUUGUCCUUGCAGUGAAUGUGCAUGUGUCAAGGUCCUUUCUGCUUAGACCCGAGUGUUCCCUCACAGGACAAGCUUACAAAAUGUAAAAGAAGAAGAUAUGUGCCAGUGAGCAAAAUGAAGUCUCUGCCAAGGAGCUUUGGGUGUACUGUAACAGGCAAUGAAGAAACCUAUGUGCCCCGAUUUUGUAUAUUGAUGCAACCACGUUAUUUUCCAACUCUUGCUAGACUAGUUUUUUUUAUGUUGUCAAGUUUGUUGCCCUUUCCUUUUUUCACAUUUCAUGAUUACAUGUUUGAUUUAAAAAUCUCUUCCAUUUAAGUUUUGAAAAUAAAAAAAUGUGGAUGCAUCAGAAA